CAGAGAUAGAGACAGAACAAGCUAAGGGGAACAGGUGAAAAGUCCUGAAUGGAGUUUGAGAAGCAGCUGCUUAGAAACUAAACGGGGAGCCUGUGGCUGUCUCUGCCCUUGGGGACCCCCAAACUGUGCCCGACCUCGGCGCCCCUGACCCCACUCCGUUCCCAGCCGGGUCAGCUGCAGACUGGGGCGCACACAGCCCCCUUUCUUCCCGUGGCUCCCACAUGGAGGAGUCCAGGCCUCGAAGCAGCCUCAGCCUCACCAGCAGCGCCUCCACCAUCUCUUCCCUCAGCAGCCUGAGCACCAAGAAGUCCACCCGGGUGGUGAGCAAGGUGCAUGCCUUUGGGAAGCGGGGCAAUGCGCUCCGAAGGGACCCCAACCUGCCGGUGCACAUCCGGGGCUGGCUACACAAGCAGGACAGCGCAGGCCUCCGACUCUGGAAACGCCGCUGGUUCGUGCUCUCUGGCCACUGUCUCUUCUAUUACAAGGACAGCCGCGAGGAGAGCGUCUUGGGCAGUGUCCUGCUCCCCAGCUACAGUGUCAGGCCUGAUGGGCCCGGGGCCCCACGAGGACGACGCUUCACCUUCACCGCCGAGCACCCUGGCAUGAGAACCUACGUCCUGGCUGCAGACACUCUAGAAGACAUGCGCGGUUGGCUCCGGGCUCUGGGCCGUGCCUCCCGUGCUGAGGGCGAUGAUUGGGGGCCACCCAGGUCACCUACUCGUCUCCAGCGUGGAGAGGGUCCUGCUGGCCCCGGGGGUCCCCCGGCAGUGAGGAAAGGGGACAAGAGACACAGCUUAGAGUCCCCCGAUCUGAUGCACUCCAGAGAGCGGAGCCGAUCCGGGCUGGCCCCUCCCAGCCCCACCGCUGACCUCCGGUCUGGGUCCCCAAUUCGGAGGACGAGGAGCCCAGAUUUGUUCACACCCCUCUCUCGCCCUCCGUCCCCAUUGAGUCCGCCCCGACCCAGCUCUGCUCCUGCACGCCGGCCUCCUCCCACCUCCGGAGACACAGGACCCCCUGGCCGACCCCACACCCCUCUGAGUCGCAUCGAUGUCCGGCCUCCCCUGGACUGGGGUUCCCAGCGUCAGACCCUCACCCGCCCACCCACUCCCCGCCGAGGACCUUCCUCUGAGGCUGCAGGAAGAAGGUCACCCUCAAGUCCCCAACCCAGGAGUCAGGAGGCCAGAAAACUGGCCCCUUCUGGCUCCUGCACAUACCUGCAGCUGCCCCCGCGGUCCCCCGGGAGCCCGGCCUCCAUGAUUUUGCUGCCGGGUCCCCCGCUGGACUCCACCUUCCAGCAGAGCUUGGAGACGGACACUCUGCUGACCAAGUUGUGUGGGCAGGACCGACUGCUGAGGCGGCUGCAAGAGGAGAUGGAGCAGAGGCAGGAGGAGAAGGAGCAGCUGGAAGCCGCCCUAGAGCUGACGCGGCAGCAACUGGGCCAGAGCCCACGGGAGGUCCCGGGGCCCAGCAGGGUGUGGGGGCGCCAGCGCCUCCUGCAAGACCGGCUGGUCAGUGUGAGGGCCACCCUGUGUCACCUGGCCCAGGAGAGAGAACGAGUGUGGGACACGUACAGCGGCCUGGAGGAGGAGCUGGGCGCCUUGAGAGAGACUCUGGAAUACCUGCUGCACCUCGGGGCACCUCAGGACAGAGCGUCUGCUCAGCAGCAGCUGUGGAUGGUGGAAGAUACACUGGCAGGACUGAGGGGAGCCCAGAAACCUGUGCCCCACGCAGAUUCUGACCCCCCAUCCUCUGCCCUGGCAAGAGAAGAGACUUCGGAGAGAGAGCCCCCCCAGAUCCUGCCGGAAUCCCUGGGACAGAGCUCCCCCCACCCCAAUGGGGUCCACAGAGACCUCAGCAGCCCCCCAUCUUCAGGUGCUGGAGUUCAGGGUGUCUCCCGGCCUCCCUCCCCACACGCGGGUGCCAAGCACCCCCUGACCCGGCCCCGCAUGAGUGCUCAGGAGCAGCUGGAGAGACUACGAAAGAAUCAGGAGAGUGGCCGGACACUGUCUCGUCCUGCAUCCCCGGCACUCCUCACCCUGGGAAGGACACGGUCCCCGGCCCAACGCCAGCCUAACGGGGAGCAAAAGCCCGUCCCAGGACACUCAGGAACCCAGAAAUGGCUCCGAAGUUCAGGGUCCUGGAGCAGUCCUAGGAACUGCACCUCCUAUUUGCCGGCCUCGGAGGGUCACCGUGAACGAGUCCUUAGCCUCUCUCAGGCCCUGGCCACGGAGGCGUCGCAGUGGCACCGAAUGAUGACAGGUGGGAAUGUGGACCCCCAAGAGGACCCUCUUCCACCUGCGCCGCCGCCGCCGCCCUCAGACCCAGCAGCCCCAGGGACCUCGCCCCCCAGAUCUCCCGCAGCAACAGCAGAGGCCGAAUCCGGCUCCAGCUUCGCCCGACGAGGCAGCGGGCGUGGCCCUGUGUCAGGGACCGCCCCCUGGGAGGCCGCGUGGGACUCGGGCCCCGCCCACCGCGCACGCGCCCAUGGCGAAGGGGCGUGGCCUCUGCGCGUCACGCUGCUGCAGUCCAGCUUCUGAGCAGCCAAUAGGAGCCCGCCCCGGACUU